AAAUUCUUACUUCAUCAAACGUCGGUUAAUUUAAUUUAUAAUUUUCCCUUUGCCUCAGAUUUACGGACAAGAAAUUCAUGCUUGGUAAACUAUAACGAGCAGGUCCCUUCUCCCUCCCUCCCUCCCUCCUUUCCGGUGCGCGGUUCAAAACCAAGUUUUUGCGUUUCAGCUAGUAACGAAGUCUAUCCUUCCGUGCAUCACAUGGAGACUUGCUGCUGAUGCAGUUGGUAACGCUUCGAAGCAUGUUAUGAUCGAUACAUAUUUUCAGCUGAUGCUAUCGGCUACCAGGUAUUGGUGCUCCCUUGGUGCCGGAGACUGCCAUAGCUUCCUGUUGGACGAUUUGUCUACACCUUAUAGCUACUUUAGUUUUUCUUCGAUAUCGAUGGAUGGGGGAGUCAGCAAUGACGAACCGAGAAGGGGAGCGUUAUUGUAUCUGGAAAACCCUAAUUUUUCCUUUUCUUGUUAUUUGAUUGAACCAGCUAAACUGCAAGUAUAGAGUACGUUAAAUUAAGAAGAAAAAACGGUAGAAGCAAGAUAAGUACGUAGCGAGAAGAAUGUCAUCCCUGGGAUUUGGGAAGGAAUCAGGACCCCAAACAAAACCCGGUGUCACAACUUCUGUACAAUUCCCACCCCAUCCUUCUGCUAUUACGUUUCCGAGGAGACUUGACACUGUUGAGAGGAUGCCAUCACCGCCUCUGGCUUUUCAGAACUCCAGACCUCUCGUGAAACCUUUCCAAUCUGCAGGAGUCCAAAGGGGGCAUGAAGCUGUAGAGAGAGCAUUGUCACCUCCUUUGGGUCCAUACUCCAAUCCUGGUACGAGACCUUACCUACCUGUUGGAGUUGAAAGGCCAGUUCAGUUUCCUUCCAGAUGGGAUGACGGGCAAAGAUCUUUCUCGAAAGAUUAUGAUACCCAAAGUCAUCGUAGGCCUUCUGCUGUCGCAUCAUUUGUUGUAUCUCGCAAUUCAGGAACUACUGAUACAACUAAAGUUGCUCGGUUCCAAGAUCUGAAAAGGACCAGGUCACCUCCUUCAUUGUCUAUAGAUGAAGUUGUUAUAAGAAACCCCAAUCAAACUGUUCUCCAGAGUGGCAAUUCAGGUUUCAAAAAUGAUGGUACCUUUGUUGCUUCAGCUGCAAGAUCAGUUGCAUUGACUUUUAAAGACAGUAGUCCCAUUCAGGAUUCUCAUCUGCCAUUUAGUGAAGCCCGUAGGUCACCUAUAUAUUUUGAACAGAAUAAUCCUCCCAAGUUUCCCAUUGGUUGUCCCAACUUGUCGACUCAGCAAAACAUGUUCUCAGUUCCAUCUUAUACUGAUUCUAAUACUUCUGGAAGAAGCUUACGGCAUGAAGUAGUUGAUUUACAAGCCCCAAAAAGGACAAGGUCCCCACCUGUACUAUCAACCAAUGAAGUUUUCUUGGAAAAUGAGAAGUUCGCUCAAAAGAACUCAAAAAGGCCUUCAAUAUCUCCUCCCAGGUUCAAUACUAAGUCAAAUGAUACUUUGACAAACUCUGGUUCCCAAAUCCCCUUGAGGUCCUUGCCUUCAGCAAGUAUAGUUUUUGCGACAACUCGGGUUGAUAAUGGUUCAGUUCCAAAACGGACAAGAUCUCCUCCUCUACUAUCUGACGAGGAAGGUUUUCAGAGAAACUCUGCUUCCUCUCAAGAUGAUACUGAACGAGAAAUGCAAGCCAAGGCAAAGCGAUUGGUCCGCUUCAAGGGAGAAUUAAGUGAAACUGCAGCAACCACUCUCACUGAUACCAUAAACAGAAAGGUUUCUGCAAAAGGACUUGAACAAUCAAUAAUAGGGAGGAACAAAUUUGCUGGGGAACAUUCUAUGGAUUCAGCAAAGGAUAUUGGCAAUGACAAUGCAUUAUCUGAUUAUGAAGGCUGUGAAAAAUCCAGUGUUAUAAUUGGCUUAUGUCCAGAUAUGUGUCCUGGUACAAUGCACCAAUUGUGUGAAUUCACUAAAGGAGAGGGUUUUUCUGAGGGUUUUGAUGCACACCUCAAUAUUGAACAGAUGAACAAAACAUCGGUUGAGUUGUUCCAAAUGUAUGAUGAUCACAGGAAGAAAGGAAUUAAUGUGCCAUCAGAAAAAGAAUUUCGAGGCUAUUAUGCACUUCUCAAACUUGACAGGCAUCCUGGGUACAAAGUUGAACCCGCUGAGCUCUCUCUGGAUCUUGCGAAGAUGACUCCAGAGAUAAGACAGACUCCAGAAGUGCUUUUUGCCCGUGAUGUAGCAAGAGCUUGCAGAACCAUGAAUUUUAUUGGCUUCUUUCGGCUUGCAAGGAAAGCAAGUUAUCUUCAAGCUUGCUUAAUGCAUGCUCAUUUUGCAAAGUUACGAACACAAGCACUUGCUUCUCUGCACUCUGGUCUACAGAAUAACCAAGGUGUCCCUGUUGCUCAUGUGGCCAAGUGGCUGGGGAUGGAGGAAGAGGACAUAGAAAGCCUUUUAGAGUACCAUGGAUUCCUUAUCAAGGAAUUCGAAGAGCCAUAUAUGGUGAAGGAUGGCCCAUUUCUUAAUGUUGAUAAGGAUUAUCCUACGAAGUGUUCAGUUCUUGUUCACUCCAAGAAGUCAAGAACAAUAGUUGAAGAUGUGUCAUGUUCUUCUCCCAUAGUAGCCUUGCCUACAGAAGCAACGAAAGAGAUUCAGCUCAGUGCAAUCUGGAAAAAUGAUUCAGAAGUCAUCCCUUCUGAUGAAAAGGAGAGUUUAUUCCAGGAGGUUGAUGAAGAAAUGCCAGAUUUUGAAAUUCUUUCAUCACCCAAAAAAGGUGCACUGAUGCAGCCAUUGAUAGAAAAAUCAAUAAUAGAUCGGCGGAGCCAAGAUUACCAUCAGCUGGCUGAUACAUCCGUUUCCCCAAGAGGUUUUUCCUUAGUUCAUAGCUCCCCUCAAUACCGAGCAGUUGAAGUUGGAAGCAUGGAAAAAUCAAAUAAUGAUGUUCAUGUCAGUAGUUUGCCCGAGCAAAAUAUACUUUCUGGUGCAGGAGCUAUGCAAUGGCAAUUUUUGCCAAGAACAUCUUUGGAACAGAGUUCACCAAGAGCUAUUCCACUGCAAACUGUGUUAAGAACAUCGUUUCUAGGUAGUUCCCCAAGUGGUAAAUAUGAUUAUGCUGUUGAAAAUUCAGUGCCUCAAAGUGUUGACUUAGAAGAUGAAGAACCUUCUAAUAUUCACCAAGAAAAUGAAAAUGAGAAUGGUAAAGUUAUGAGAAAUCAAGAAGAUGAAAAGGUUCUUGAAGCAAAAUUAAAGUUGAUUGUAAGGUUAUGGAGACGGUGGUCUUCCAGGCAAAGGGUGAUACGUGAGCAAAGGCAGUUAGCAGGAAGUGCUGCCCUAAAUUCAUUGUCCGUUGGACCACCAAUUCGACUGAUAACGGAUCAACCAAGCAUACUUGGUGAGCUUGACAUUGAUCAUGUCGUGAGGGAGAGAUACGGAAAGCAUGAACGUUCAUGGUCAAGGCUGAAUGUUUCAGAUGUGACAGCAGAUAUAUUGAUCAGAAGAAACCCAGAUGCUAAAUGUCUAUGCUGGAAAGUCAUUUUGUGUUCUCAGAUGAACAAUUCAAUGGACAAACGGAUGUCUGGAACCCAGGUUUCUGAUUUGGCAGCGAGCAGGUGGUUGUUGUCGAAGCUCGUGCCUUCCAGAAAGGAUGAUGAGAAUGGUGAUCUUGUAGUUUCUUCACCUGGUGUAUCAAUAUGGAAGAAAUGGGUGGCAUACCAAUCCCCUGAUGAUCUGGUCUGCUGUUUGUCUGUUGUUAAGGAUUCAGAUUUUGGCCAUGUGAAGGAGACAGUAUCAGGUGCAAGUGCAGUUCUAUUCCUUGUAUCCCAAAGCACCCCAUGGAGCACGCAGAAGAUCCAACUCAAUAACCUUCUGAUGUCAAUACCAUCUGGUUCCUGCCUUCCCCUUCUGAUCGUAAGUGGAUUAUGUAGAGAAGAGGUUAUGGAUCCUACUUCAACUAUUGUUGAUGGAUUGGGCCUCCAUGAUAUUGACAAGUCACGGGUAGGUAGCUUUCUUGUUGUUUCUCUUGUUGAGAACAUGCAAAUGCAACAUGCUGAUGGGUUUUUCAGCGACAAGCGAUUACGAGAAGGGCUAGAAUGGCUAGCCAGUGAGUCACCCUUGCAACCAGCUGUAACUUGUGUGAAGGUCCGUGAACUUGUGCUGACUCACUUGAGUUUGUCACUAGAGGUGCUUGAGAAGAUGAACAGUUCUGAAGUAGGUCCAAAUCACUGUAUCAUGGCCUUCAAUGAGGCAUUGGGUCGCACACAGGAGAAUAUUGUUGAUGCUGCAAAACUAAAUCCUGUCAAUUGGCCUUGUCCGGAGGUUAAACUGGUGGAGGAUUCUAGAGAUGAGCAUUUAAUGGUGAAUUGGCACCUGCCAAGUGUGGGCUGGAGCUAUGCAGAAAGGAUUGAGCCACUUAAUCGUGCACUGGAGAACUGUAAACUUCCUAUUUUUCAAGGUGACUUACCAUGGUUAGCCAGAGGUUGUCCUACAGGUGAAGAGAUUGAUAAGCAGAGAUCACAACUUGAGAACUCCUUAAUUAGAUAUCUGACACAAUCAAGUGAAAUGAUGCAAGCACCGCUAGCAACAAAGGAGGCACGUGUGAUGCUACAAAGAAGCACACGACUCGAGCUCCAUAACAUAAGCUAUUACAUUGUUCCCGAGUGGGUUAUGAUAUAGAAGAUUUUCAAUUGGCGGUUAAUGAGUUUGUCAAGUGGAGACUUCUCUUCAGCUUAUGUUUUAGAUUCGUGUCUUGCUGAUUCAGCUUCUAGCGAUCUAAGCAAGCUAGAGCUUAAUAAUGGUAUUUAUUCAUCAUAUUCUUCAAGUCAUCCAUCUCUAGACGAAGUAAUUGAAGUUGGUUGCAGCCCACUCAAGUCCAUAAGCAAUCCAAGUUAUCCAGAACCUUCUAUUGGUCCAUCACUACCCUCAAAUCAAGAUUUUCAGGAGGUUUUUCAUAGAGGCAACACAACGGAGGACAGAAUAAAUUUUUUGAAAGAUCAUAAUUUAGCUGUUGAGAACAAUAUUGUGUGUGUGAAUAGUGAAUUGAACCGCAGGAAUGGUAAAAUAGUGGUGAAUGGUGAAGUGUCCAAGGAAGCCGAGAACUUAAGUAAGUUGCUGGAGAAGUGUAACAUAUUGCAAAACUCUAUUUCUGAGAAGCUGUCCAUUUACUUUUGAGGUUAUGAUUAUAACUAUCAUAGUGAACUGUUGUAUUAUAUUUUACAUGUGUGCUUGAGAAAACAGAGAUGGGGUGGGUUUUGUAUCAAGUAGUUUUUCGGAGAGGAAAAGUUAAAAACUUAUUUUGACCAAGUUACCAGUA